AUGGCGACGCUCAGUCGUGCCUCCAGCAACGAAGAUGAUUACAAGUCCAUUGUACAGGCCACUCUACACGAUCGCCUGCGAGAUGGACUUGAAGAGAAUGCCCGUCGCCGCAAGAAUGACAAGAAACAUCUCAAUUUCUCCUCCCAUAUAAAGCACCACGAUGCCGAGCUGACGCGGAUUGCUACGAAUAUAUCCAAAGAUGUCGGCUUGAAUCCACGCACUCUUUCCGACAUAGAUCCUAGACUGGACCCCGAGAACGAAUCGUUCGACUUUCGUUUCUGGUCUACGACAUUUAUGCAACUGGUCAAAGAGGAUGUUCUCCACAGAACAACUGUCGGGUUCUCCUUUAAAGGUCUCACUGUAUCAGGCUCAGGCUCAAACCUAGAGCUGCAGAAGACAGUCGCCUCCCCUUGGAUGGCGCUUGCUCGACUUCCUAUGCUCCUGUUCACCAGACGGCAACCACAACCGAAGGUCAUUCUCAACAAUUUCAAUGGCUCUGUUGAGCGUGGGCAGAUGCUUCUUGUCCUCGGCCGACCUGGCAGCGGCUGCACAACUCUGCUGAAAUGCAUUACAGGUCAAUUGCAUGGGCUCAGUUUAUCCGCAGGCUCUUCCGUCACCUACGAUGGGAUUCCACAAUCCACCUUUAUCAAAAACUUCAAAGGCCGUGCAGUAUACGCCGCCGAGACCGAUGAGCACUUCCCUCAUCUUACUGUUGGACAGACCCUACACUUCGCCGCAGUAACGCAAACUCCUCAAACGCGCAUUCAAGGAGUCGACCGAGCAUUGUACAACAGUCACAUGGUUGAAGUGAUGCUGAGGAUCUUCGGCUUGACCCACACACGGAACACAAAAGUUGGAAACGACACCAUUCGUGGCGUUAGUGGUGGAGAACGCAAACGAGUCAGCAUCGCAGAGAUGGCAUUGACCCGGUCCUCGGUGGCAGCAUGGGACAACGCAACCAGAGGCCUCGACUCAGCCACCGCACUUGAGUUUGUUCGCUCUUUGAGGGCCAUGGCUGAGAUUGCCGGAGUAACUCAGGCAGCUGCUGUUUAUCAGGCCAGCCAAAGCCUUUAUGAGCUAUUUGACAAGGUUAUCGUAUUGUACGAGGGUCGACAGAUAUACUUUGGUCCUGUGGAAUCAGCUCGUUUAUAUUUUGAACGAAUGGGCUGGUAUUGUCCACCACGUCAAGCAACUCCAGACUUCCUCACAGCUGUCACCAAUCCUACGGAACGGCAAUGUCGCGAGGGCUUCAGUAAGGACAUCCCCAAAACUGCUCUCGAGUUUGAACAGUACUGGGUUGCGUCCGAAGAAUACAAGACUUGCAUAGCCGACCUUCUUACGAGUCAAGGCGUGCAUCAGAACAGCGAUCGUCUUCGAGCUCUUCGGACCGCUCAUCAUCACAUGCAGGCUCACCAUACCCGUGACAAAUCUCCCUACCUGACCUCGGCAUUCAUGCAGGUGAGGAUUUGUAUCAAGAGGUCUUCCCAACUGUUCUGGAACAACCGAGCGUCCACUGUCACACUCCUCAUUGGACGUACUAUCCUGGCAUUCAUUCUUGGGAGCAUCUACUACGGCCCCAAUGGCACAACAUCAAGUCUUCAAUCAAGAGGCUCGGUGAUAUUCUUGGCUACCUUGACGAACGCCCUGAUGGCUGUGACCGAAAUCAGUUCGCUUUUCUUCAAGCGCGGCAUCGUAACGAAGCAGCAGACGUAUGCCUUCUGUCACCCCUUUACUGAUGCACUUGCCGCAUACAUUGUCGACAUUCCGGUCAAGUUCUGUAUCUCAACAGUGUUCAAUGUGGUCUUUUAUUUCAUGACCGGCCUUCGACGAGAAGCUUCGAACUUCUUCAUUUUUCUUCUCUUCAAUUUCGUGUGCACCCUCCUCAUGUCGGCAGUCUUCCGCACCAUCGGAGCUGCCUGUAAGCUCAUGCCAACCGCUUAUGCCAUUGCAGGUGUUGGAAUUCUGUCUCAGGUCAUGUACACCGGAUACACCAUGCAAACAAGUUAUAUGCAUCCCUGGUUCCGCUGGAUCAACUACAUAAAUCCCGUCGCCUACAUAUUCGAAGCGCUACUUGUGAACGAGGUGCAUGGACGAGAGUAUCCUUGUGCUGUAGCAAAUCUCGUUCCUCCAUACGCUGGAGAUACGAAUUUUGCAUGCGCUUUCAUUGGUGCAACCCCUAACUCUCGCACCGUGUCUGGCGACAACUGGGUGACGUCUGGAUUUGGAUAUAGCUAUUCUCAUCUAUGGCGCAAUCUCGGUAUUGCGAUUGCAUACCUGGUGGUAUUUCUCAUACUUUACUUGAUCGCCACGGAAUUUCGAUCAACCUCGGUUGCACAGCCUCAGCGGCUUAUAUUCCGGAAUCGAAAAGCAGCUCAUGGUCAACUUUCCCCAAAGCUCGACGUUGAAAAUGGGAAGCCUCAGAAACCGAAUGAUACGGAUAUCAAUAGUGCUCAACUUCCGGGAGAGAUGCCAAAUGCCACGACGAACUUCAAUGUGCGCACCGGCCUUGUCGAGCGUUCUAGGAUUACCACCACGAAAACCAAUGAUCUAUCACACAGUGGUACGCUCACAUGGCAGGAUGUAACUCUAGACAUCAGCAUCAAGGGUACACCACGUCGACUGCUCGAUGGUGUGACUGGCUGGGUUACGCCAGGAACAUUGACUUGCCUCAUGGGUGUGUCAGGCGCGGGAAAGACGACGUUAUUGGAUACUCUCGCACAGCGCAACAAUAGCAUGGGAAAGGCGUCCGGUACCAUCAUGGUCAAUGGUGCUGCUCUGAAGCCUUCAUAUCAGCGGAAAACUGGCUACGUUCAACAGCAAGACCUGCAUCUUCCUACCACCACCGUGCGGGAAGCGCUACGAUUUUCAGCGGUACUCAGGCAGCCUUCAUCGGUACCACUCGAAGAGAAAUUCGAGUUUGUUGAGAGUGUGAUUGAUAUGCUGGGCAUGGAGGCUUUUAGCGAGGCCGUUGUUGGCCUACCUGGCGAAGGUCUGAAUGUCGAACAAAGGAAACUUCUCACCAUCGGUGUUGAACUUGCCGCUAAACCCGCCAUCUUGUUCUUAGACGAACCAACUUCUGGUCUCGAUUCUCAGAGCGCUUGGACAAUCGUCUCACUACUCAGGAAGCUGGCAAACAAUGGCCAAGCAAUUCUCGCAACUAUCCAUCAGCCGUCUGCUACCCUUUUUGAACAGUUCGACUCCAUUCUUCUCCUGGCCAAGGGUGGCCGGACGACGUACUUCGGACCACUGGGACCUGACUGCCGAACUCUGACACGGUAUUUUGAGUCUGCUGGCGCAAAGCCUUGUGGUCAUGACGAAAAUCCUGCAGAGUACAUUCUACGUGUCAUUGGCGAUUCCACCCUUGAUUGGCCUGAAAUAUGGAGAAUCAGUUCGCCAAAUGCAACCAUCAAAAGCAGACUGCAAGCUACUGUUCAGGAGAAAUAUAGCGAGACCGCGAAUAUGGACGAUGAACGGGAAUUUGCGACAGCUUUGCCAACUCAGCUCCGUUAUGUUCUCGUACGGCUCUUCCAGAACUAUUGGCGCACUCCGGGAUACAUCUAUGCGAAAUUCCAAGCAAACAUACUGGCAGCACUCUUCAUCGGGUUCACAUUCUUCUUGCAGAACUCCUCAAUGACGGGCAUGCAAAACACGGUAUUUUCCGUCUUUAUGCUGAAUGCCACAUUUGCCACUAUUGUCAACCAGAUAAUGUCGCGUUUCAUUCCACAGCGAUCACUAUUUGAAGUGCGAGAGGCUCCGUCCAAAAUGUACAACUGGGCUAGCUUCGUUAUCGCCAACAUCAUUGUCGAGAUCCCGUAUCAGGCGUUUCUAUCGGUGAUCGUCUGGGCAUGUUGGUAUUUUCCUAUAUUCGGAUCUCAUCAGUCAAGUCAGUCACAAGGCAUGAUGUAUGCUUUUGUUUUGCAAUUCCUUCUGUUUGCUUCUACAUACGCACAAAUGAUCAUCUUCACGAUGCCGAGUAUGGAGACCGCGGGUGCAUUGUCGACGUUGCUGUUCACCAUGACCCUUCAGUUCAACGGUGUACUACAAACUCCGACCGCACUUCCUGGCUUCUGGAUUUUCAUGUGGAGGGUGUCACCAUUCACUUAUUUGAUUGGAGGCUGGGCUGGCACUGGGCUUCAAAACCGAGUGGUCAACUGCGCACAGAACGAGUUGGCCAUCUUCGACCCACCCAAUGGUCAGACCUGUGGGGCAUAUCUGAAGAGAUACCUCGAAGGAGGAGCUCCCGGAGCACUGUACAAUCCUGAUGCCACAAGAUCGUGCGAGUACUGCCCUAUCAGAAACGCCGAUCAGUUUUUGGCUAGUGCUUCCAUAUCACCAUCCGACCAGUGGAGAAACUUUGGUAUCCUGUGGGCAUAUAUUGGAUUCAACAUGCUGGCUGCCUUGUUCUUUUACUAUGUCUUCCGAGUCAGGAAAGUAUCUCUUGCCAAAUUGCGCAAAUCAAGGAAGGAAGAGACAACAAAGCCGAAGCUCAAGGACGAUGGACUCCAGCAAGACAAAGGUCGCCUCCACCAUGAAGAUGACAGUGGACCGCGUUGGGGCAAGAUUGGAUUCUACUACCAUCUCACGUCGGGCAUCCUGAGGAAUAUCGUCAAGUCAAAUUACGCGGUAUAG